AUCAGUUGCCGCUCGAUGCGAGGGAUAGACCGUACACCGCAAUGCACACCCCCGUAGGAUAGUUGCAAAUGCAAGUGACCCCUAUGGGUUUCACAAACGCAGUAGCAGAGGCACAGAGGAUGAUGCUCGCCGUCACAGGGGAAAUGUUUCCAGAAAAGUGCGAACUGUAUAUAUAUGAUAAUCCCGUAAAAGGCGCAAGGUACAAGGAUGAGACGGAGGUCGAGCCGGGUGUGCGAAAAUUUGUCUUGGAUCACCUGCAGUAUAUCAAGGAUCUCCUACAACGGUUCUUGCUUUAUAAUAUUACCGCGAGUGGGCCAAAGAGCAUCCUGGCUGUCCCGGAGGUAACUAUACUGGGAUUUCGCUGUGGGGCUUAUGGGAGGAGACCCGACCCAGCAAAGACAGAUAAGAUCUCUCAGUGGUCGACACCCGUGCGUACCACGACGGAAGUACGAGCCUUCCUAGGGGUGGUUGGAUUCUGGAGGAUCUUCAUCAAAGGUUUCGCAAAGAUAGCAGAACCUAUCCGCGCGAUGAUUAGGGAAGGUGGCACUAUGGGUUGGACCGAGGAUAGGGAAGAGGCAACCCAAACCCUGAAAGACAUCCUGUCGUCCGAUCAGGUUAUCUUAGCAGCACCCUGCUUCAAUGACGAAGUAGGAUGGCCCUUCAUCCUAGAGAUAGAUGGCGGCCCAAAAGCAGUAGGUGGCGUAUUGAUACAGAAAAGCGAGGAGGGCAAGGAAAGACUGAUCAGAUUCGAGAGUAGGACCUUGAAUUCAGCAGAACGGCGGUACUCACAGUUCAAGAAGAAGGUCUUAGCCAUCCUAUAUUGCCUGAAGACCUUCCAGGCAUAUUUGUUCGGAAGACGAUUCGCCUUAAGGAUCGAUCCCACCAAUGUUGCCGGGGCACUGAAGAAUUACAAGCCUAUAGAUCCGACCGUCAGCAGAUGGAUAGGCUUCAUAUGGCAAUUCGACUAUAAGGUCGAGCGAAUUGUGAGGCUUCGAAACAGGGCAGAUGGGUUGAGCAGAGUACGUAUCACGCCAGAGGGAGUAGAGGACGUGGAACCAAUUGACGCCUUCCUAGAAUACGAAGGGGGGACCCUUGUUGUGGAUAACGAAAUGGCAGACUCAGCGCUUACAACAGGCCAGUUGUUGAUUCAAACCUUGGAAAAGGGCACGCCUGAAGUAGUCGCAGAACUCAGGGAAGGAUCAGUCACCACGGUCAGGCGCAGAGAGGAAAAAGACUCGUGGGGAGUAGAAGUAGGGGCCAGAGAGGAACUGAUGGCAAUGGCUGUGGAAGGGGGAUGGGACGUCGUGAUCACGUUGGCCGAAACCUGGGCGCAGAAGGAAUGUCAAUACCUAGCCAACCAGACUUGGAAAGAGCAGGAUACGGAUCGGAAGGAACAAGAGUUCUUCCUCAUACAGAUGUAUGAGGGCGUCUUUAGAGAAAUCGGUCUGCUGCUUGUAGGGAACAAACAGCCCACCGAAGUCAGCUCCAAGGCAAAGGAGGAAGUUGAGAAGUACGUCGUAAGAAAUGCUCACCUGUUUAAGAAAGAGGAAGGGAUGAUGCCUAGGCGUGUCGUUUGUGGGAGGUCUAGGCAGCUGGACAUAAUUCAAGCAAUACAUGAUGGGCUAGCUGGAGGUCACUGGUCGUCAAAGGGGACACUUGCAAAGAUCGUGCCCCUUGUAUUUCUGGCCAGGAAUGGCAGGCAUAGUCGCAACGUACUGUCACACGUGUCUGAUAUGUUAAGAGAGGAGCUCUGUACGGGUUUACGAGCCCCUUAGACCCACUCGGGUACCAGGACCAGGGCACCUUGUUCAACUCGAUCUCGCAGUCAUGCCCGUAUCGACGGAUGGGUUUAGAUACAUUCUGGAUGCAAGGGAUAAUCUCGGUGGCUAUGUAGAGGCCGUAGCCCUCAAAAAGAGGACGGGGAAAGCAGUGGCCGAUUGGGUGGAAGAUUUCUACCUAAGACACUCCUUCGUGCGCAGGUUUAUAGCAGACAAUGGGACAUAAUUUGUUAACCAGGAGGUGUUGAACAGGCUUAAGACACUGUGCGUACCAAUCAAGAUCACUAAGCCCU